AUGGACCUCAAGUACAUCUUGAACGACCCGGAACCCAUCAUGGGAGAACCAAACCCCAAGAAGCCUCUCGAGCUAUUGGACUUUCCAAAUGAGAUAUUGGCAAGCAUCUGCUCUAAACUCUGCGGGCACUGUACAGGAGAACCUGUCAAUAUUCGACACUCCGAUUCAUUGAUCAGCUGGCUCGCUUUGAACACACUAUCAAAGACGUGCAAGAAGCUGCGAAGAGUUGCUCUUCCAUUCAUUCCUCAUCGGCCCAUGGUUGGCCAACACAAGUUGGACGCCUUCAAUUUGUUUUUGGCCAAAAACCCAGAGUUUGCCGCCAAAGUACAUCAGAUAGAUCAUCUAUGGUAUCCCAUGGCCCUUGGUCCAGAGAGGGCACAACUCAAAAUGCCACCAGAACACCAAAAAGUCCUACGGAAGUACUUCAGCGCAACAAGUCUUUCGAUCGACAGGAUCUGCAUCAUGCUUAUUGCUCUGCCGGCGUUGAAAGAUUUACGAAUCGUAGGCCACAUGCGCCCGUCCGAAGCGUUUUUACCCAACCUCCGAUCACUCACGUUCGAUGCCAUUCACGAAUGUACCGAUCCGGUUUACAAACCUAUCAGCCAACGCGUCAGAGAGAUCUGCCACUUUGUUGCCAUUGCCGCACCAAACUUGCACACCCUACGCUUUGGAAAUUUCAUCAUGGUUGGACAAGGAACUCGUGGCCAGAUAUACCCACCUCCCAACAUACCUCUACUCCGGCCGACGAACCUCAGAGUCCUUGAAUUCUAUGGUUGUGUAUUUGGCCCGUUUGGGAUGUUCAGAAGUCCUAUCGCCCUGCUGAUCGACUCCAACAAGAAGCUGGAGAAACUGUCUGUGAGUGUCAACAUCUGCAGCUGUUUCUCUAGCGCUACUAGACUCUCCGGUACGUGCAUCGGACCAAGACAGAUCAUCGACAUGUUGAGGAAGAGCCGUAUCAACGGCCUCAAGUCUCUCUGCCUCAACUUUCUAGACAUACAGGCCAGCAACUCCCUCAUGACGUUCCAGAAGUGUCUUUCUCAGCGGUCCACCUACCGACGAUGGGGUCCGGAUCCGGGAAAUGAGCGUACCUUGUCUUGGGACGGAUACAAGGACACCUUUGAGUGCUUUACCGAGCUGGUGGAGUUGACCAUUGACGAGCAUUCCUUUUUCGUGCACUGGAAGGCACUCCAGAUGCCAUCGAACCAUGGAAUCGACAUCAUGGCGAUUCCUGUGCCCAUAUCUGUCCUGACUACCUACACUGACAAGUGCUGGUUCAACAUCAUGCCGAGGAAGCUGCAGAAAAUUUCUCUGUUGGUGAAGGGCGGGCCGUUGGCAGUCGCCGCCAUCAUGAAGCUUCAGGACAUGGUCAUGAAGAGGCAGCUGCCGCAUCUACAGGUAGUUGAGCUGACGAUAUGUCCGAUGAGCCAUACCAACAAGCCAUUCUUUAACCCCCAAGACUACAGAGAUGAGCUGCUUGUGAUGCGAAAUUUCUUCCGCAAGGUUCAGGAGUCAGGACUCGGGGUGAAGGUUUUGAUCAGGUCUUUUAGACCAUGUGCAGAUGUGUACCAUUAUGGACCACCACCGUCAAGUGAAACAUCUGCCACGACGGCUGCACCCCGUGGCACUGUCUGA